AUGUCUACUGUCACAUGUGGUCUCGUUUUCUAUCUCGUUUUUAUGUCUACUGUCUACACAUCUGGUCUCGUUUUCUAUCUGUAUAUGUCUACUGUCUACACAUCUGGUCUCGUUUUCUAUCUGUAUAUGUCUACUGUCUACACAUCUGGUCUCGUUUUCUAUCUGUAUAUGUCUACUGUCUACACAUCUGGUCUCGUUUUCUAUCUGUAUAUGUCUACUGUCUACACAUCUGGUCUCGUUUUCUAUCUGUAUAUGUCUACUGUCUAUACUUCUGGUCUCGUUUUCUAUCUGUAUAUGUCUACUGUCUAUACUUCUGGUCUCGUUUUCUAUCUGUAUAUGUCUACUGUCUACACAUCUGGUCUCGUUUUCUAUCUGUAUAUGUCUACUGUCUACACAUCUGGUCUCGUUUUCUAUCUGUAUAUGUCUACUGUCUACACAUCUGGUCUCGUUUUCUAUCUGUAUAUGUCUACUGUCUACAUCUGGUCUCGUUUUCAUCUGUAUAUGUCUACUGUCUUUCUGGUCUCGUUUUCAUCUGUAUAUGUCUACUGUCUAUCUUCUGGUCUCGUUUUCUAUCUAUCUAUAUCGUUUUCUAUCUAUAUGUCUCUACACAUCUGGUCUCGUUUUCUAUCUGUAUAUGUCUACUGUCUAAUACAUCUGGUCUCGUUUUCUAUCUGUAUAUGUCUACUGUCUACACAUCUGGUCUCGUUUUCUAUCUGUAUAUGUCUACUGUCUACACAUCUGGUCUCGUUUUAUCUGUAUAUGUCUACUGUCUACACAUCUGGUCUCGUUUCUAUCUGUAUAUGUCUACUGUCUAUACUUCUGGUCUCGUUUUCUAUCUGUAUGUCUCUCACAUCUGGUCUCGUUUUUCUAUCUGUAUAUUCUGGUCUCUGUUUUCUUUUUUAUCUAUAUAUGUCUACUGUGUCUAUACUUCUGGUCUCGUUUUCUAUCUGUAUAUGUCUACUCAUUGUUGAUUUCUCUGUCCACACUGGUUCUAUCUAUCUAUCUAUCUAUCUAUCUAUCUAUCUAUCUAUCUAUCUAUCUAUCUAUCUAUCUCAAUCUGUUCCUAUCUAUCUAUCUAUCUAUCUAUCUAUCUAUCUAUCUAUCUAUCUAUCUAUCUAUCUAUCUCAAUCUGUUCCUAUCUAUCUAUCUAUUUUAAUCAGUUCUUAUCUAUCUAUCUAUCUAUCUAUCUAUCUAUCUAUCUAUCUGAAUACAAAAUGCAUUAUAUAUAUAUAUAUGCAAUCUAUCUAUCUAUCUAUCUAUCUAUCUAUCUAUCUAUCUAUCUAUCUAUCUAUCUAUCAGUAUCGAUAA